CCUGAGGAGAGUGAGGUGGACGAGGGCGCGCAGGGAAGGCGUGAUCUGUCGCGGGGUAUACACACAGGACGGAUUUGGCGCGGCGGUGCUGGCACGGCUGCGGCGGCGGCGGGCGAGGGCCGAGGCAGUGCUGUGUGUGGUGGCAGUGUAGCCCUCGCGAGUGUCGUUGGCGGUCGCUUAUGUUCUGAUACUCCUCGCCAUGUUUUCCUGGCUCAGCAAAGACGAGAGGAAGAAAUGCCACCUGCAGGCGUGCGAGACGGUGCUGGAGGGGCUGAAGAAUGUCUACAAGAACAAGGUGCUGCCCCUGGAGAAGCACUACAACUUCCAGGACUUCCACUCGCCGCCCCUGGACGACACCGACUUCGACGCCAAGCCCAUGAUCCUCCUGGUGGGGCAGUACUCCACGGGUAAGACCACCUUCAUCCGAUACAUCCUGGAGAAGGACUUCCCCGGCAUCCGCAUCGGGCCGGAACCCACGACGGACAGCGUGGUGGUGGUGAUGCACUCGGAGCGCGAGGGCGUGAUCCCCGGCAACGCCCUGGUGGUGGACCCCAAGAAGCCGUUCCGCCCGCUCGGCAAGUAUGGCAACACGUUCCUCAACAGGUUCCAGUGCUCGCAGCUCAACUCCAACGUGCUGAAGGGCAUCACGGUGGUCGACACGCCGGGCAUCCUGUCGGGGGAGAAGCAGAGGAUCGACAGGGGCUACGACUUCCACGCCGUGCUCGAGUGGUUCGCCGAGCGGGUCGACCGCAUCAUCCUGCUCUUCGACGCCCACAAGCUCGACAUUUCCGACGAGUUCCGCUGCUUCCUGGAGCGCCUUCGGGGCCAGCACGACAAGAUCCGCAUCGUGCUCAACAAGGCGGACAUGAUCGACCACCAGCAGCUCAUGAGGGUGUACGGCGCCCUCAUGUGGUCCCUCGGCAAGAUCCUCAACACGCCCGAGGUCGAGCGCGUGUACGUCGGCUCCUUCUGGAACCAGCCGCUGCGCUACGACAUCAACCGGUCACUGUUCGAAGCGGAGGAGCAGGAUCUCUUCGCCGACCUCCAAUCUCUGCCUCGCAAUGCAGCCCUCAGGAAGCUCAACGACCUUAUCAAGCGUGCUCGUCUGGCAAAGGUCCACGCCUACAUCAUCUCCGAGCUCAAGAAGGAGAUGCCUUCAAUGUUUGGGCGCGAGAGCAAGAAGAAGGAACUCAUCAAGAACCUCGGCACGAUCUACGAGAAAAUCCAACGAGAACACCAAAUUUCUCCAGGAGAUUUCCCUGAGAUCAAGCGCAUGCAGGAUCAACUCCAGCACCAUGACUUCACCAAAUUCAACUUGAUAAAGCCCCGUCUUCUGGAGGCAGUCGACAAGAUGCUGGCCGAGGACAUUGCCCGCCUGAUGGCCAUGAUCCCAGUAGAAGAAGCCACGUCCAACAAGGAAGCCGCCAUUAUCCGGGGAGGCGCAUUUGACGGCGUCAUGAACGACAACACAGUCUUCGGCUACAAGAGAGGAGAGGGCAUUGACGCAGGCUCAGGGGAACCAGAAUGGAUCGUGGCCAAGGACCGGUACAAGUACGACCAGCUCUUCGACAGCCUCAACCCCAUCGAUGGCAAGAUCACUGGAUCAGCUGCUAAGAGUGAAAUGGUCAAGUCCAAGCUGCCUAACUCAGUCCUCGGGAAAGUGUGGAAGCUCUCCGACAUCGACAAGGAUGGCAUGCUGGACGCAGACGAGUUUGCGCUGGCCAUGCACCUCAUCAACAUUAAGCUCGACGACCACGACCUUCCGAGUGACCUCCCCGACCACCUUGUGCCUCCCAGCAAGAGAGGAUUUAAAGCAUAGAAUAAAUAAACCUGUGCGUAGAGUCUUAAGGAAUGGAUAAAGGUGUGUUUUUCUUUUUACGAAAUGCAGAGUACAGGCGUGCAGAAAGUUGGAUUCAGAUUGGUAGCUCUCCUUUUUUUUUUUUUUUUUUUUUCCUUUUGAUACACUGACUGGUUUACCAAAUGGAAAGUAAAAGAAAAAAAAAAAAAAAAAAGCAAGAAAAAGAUGGUGGCAGAGAGCUAGUUCUAUUUUUAACAUUGAAAUUUACAAGAUGGUACCUUUCAUGUGUUUCCUUUUUAAUGAUUGGAUAGGGAUUAGUUGUAUUCAGAAAUGAUUUCCUCUGUGGGGACAUGUCAGAAGGUAACUUGAAAAGUAGACGUAAAAGAUGAUUUUAUGAAAGGCUCUUGCAUAUAGUGUCAAAGCUGAUUGGCAUAGAGUCAGAUUUUUCUGCCUUUUAUAUGACAUAUUAUCCCAGUGAUGUACAGUAGAUAUGUUUAGUAGGUCUAGUUUGGCCCACUGAUCACGUGCUGUAAUGCGAGAGAUCCCCAAUAUAUAUUUGCAAGAAGGAAGGAGAGCCUAAAAUCUUGCUUGUAAUAUUUUCUUUCCUUCGAUCGUGGAACCAAACUUCACCUCAAUAAAAUGCACUCAAGGUCACUUUUGCAGUAAUGAUCUUUGUUAGACAAGGGCGAUAUUUCAUGAAAUAAUAUAAGAAAAAAGGAUUAUUUUCUGAAUAUACCUCACUAGUAGUGCUUGUGCUGUCUUUGCAGGAGAAACCAAACUGUCUAACUAAUUUGUGUGCAAGUUGAUUUUGCAUUUGUCAGUUCGAAAUCAUAAUUUUAGUGUACGUUAUCCUGGAAAGGGAGAUGAAUUGUUAGAAUCACGUUAUUUGUAGCAAAGAUGAUUACUGCGACGCUGGCCAGACCCUGGGUAUGCUAGUAUUCACGCAAGUGCCGGGAUUAUUUUCCUAUGUGCAUGUUUUACUCUGCUUAUCACUGUGUUGAUGAAAUACCUAUAUUUUUUUGAUUUAGUCAUGAAUCUUAAAUACUUAUUAUUAUUAUUUUUUUUUCACUUUGAAUGACCUUUGCAAGGCUUUUAAAGAAGGUGCUAGAUCAUUUGUAUAGCUGCAUAGGCUUGGCUGACAAAAGAAAGAGAAGUAAUAUUUCCCACAGUGACUGUCAGGAGAAUUCCGUCAUUCCAGCAUCUGUAUAUAGUUUGAGUUCUGCACUAGACCAAGUGUUGUUGAUUUGGUGUACAUCUGUGGUUGGUGUCAUAAGUACAGGCAGCCAAACUGCUGAUGAUAUGAAAGGAAAACUCAAGGAAGAAGUAAUGUUUGACAUUUAUAUUACGAAAACGAAGUUCUGAAUUGUUUGCGUACUGUUGAAAAAUAUGUUCUACUUAUUUUGCAUUCUCAUUUUUUUUUUCUUUUCCAAUAUCUAUGGCCUUUUGGUGGGUGUUAGAUAAUUGUAUGAAUAGAAAGGGUAUAAAAGUUCAUCAGAAAAUUAGAUUUUUUACACAGUAAGUUAGGAUUUUUUUUCUCAAAGUUGUUUCGUCAUGGAACAAGAAAGUGUUUUUGUAUUGAGUGUUGUCAUUUCAUUGCAAAUAAUGUCACGUCAGUACUUAUGUCUGGAAUGUACAUUGCAUGACUUUUUUUUCAUACUGUAUUUUUAUGAAGUUAAGCGAUAGAUUAGAAAAGUUUUAUUAAUGAGUUUUGGAAUUGAUAACAAUCUUGAGACAUGAUUUUGAGUUACAUCAUAUAGAAGACAAGGCUUUUUCCCCCCCUCAGAACAUUUUUCUUUCUCUUUCUGUUUUUAAGAUAAAUACUGCACCCUUAUUUGUACCCUUGUAACAGAAUGAAAAACAAACCUACAUUACCCUUAAGAUAAGAAUUUUUUCUCCAUUUUCUUUUCUUUUUUCUGAUUGUAGAUUUGUUGUAAAUAAGGAUUCUAUCACAGAUAUUUCAGUUUAUAUUUUACCAAACACUAGAAAGGAAAAUAUUCAACCACAAUGUUGCCAAUUCUUCAGGAAACCAAAGAGAAUCUGCUCCAUUUAUGCCUGUAAACUCUGAACCUUCAAAAUAUUUUAUUAUUUGUUGAUGUAACCUGCUGAAUGAAGGAAAAAGUUUAUAACUUCUGUAAGUAUAUUACUUUAUACAUAAAUUAUGCAAUGUU